AUGAUUAUCACCUUACGUCCGCUGCCGUUUCUCACGACAAGUCAGAUCCUGACUUCCGCUCAACAGAGACUCCAUCUCUCAUCGGCGACGCGAUUGUUCUUCACAUCGCUCUCCUCAUCUGAUGGUCCAUUGCCACGAACGAUCAUCACCUCAACGGCACCCCAACUCUCUCCUGUCACUGGCUAUGACUCCCUCAGAAUGCCAUGGGAAACAGGUAACAGCCGGAGCACGUUGCGUUUCGAAUGUCCAUCUCUUCGAGACUUAAGAACUUCAUCCUUCUACCCAAUAUCCCCAAAACUCCAGCUCACAACCGCAUUUCAACCGGCAAGCCGAGACCAAUCGUCAGGCAAGCACACGCCGGAAGAUUUCGACCAUGGAUUGUCUCAACCAAACAUCCGUUCAACAAGAACGUUGAACACCGAUUGUUGCAUAUCGAGGAACAUCCAACAGGACGCUCGUCAGUGGACCAAAUACUGCCUCGCUCAGCCGGCAAGGUCCACAACCAUGCACGAAGUCCACAAUCCUACUGCCUCUCACUCCAGCAAUCCCGUCUCAGCAGUUCCAACACCUGUCCCACCUCUACCCAAAACCCUGUUACUCUAA